AUGCGCACCACCCGGGCAAGCGCUGCCCAGCCAGCAAUUCAGAUCUUCACCAGAGCAACCAAGCCCGGUAUCACGCCGUCAUUGCCUGGGAAGUCACUGGACGCCAAACCUGCCUCGCUUCCCGUCUCGCCUUCCAAGAAACGCAAGCUCCAGGAACUCGAAAAUGUCGACGCCGGCAGCCCAACCCCAGCCGAGGAAGGAACACCCUCGAAAACUUUGCGACUGAAUGAAUUGUCUGUGUCUUCACCACGCAGUGGCCACUUCACUUCUCCCAAGGCAACCCCCAAGAGGACACCCAGUCGACGUGCCCGCGCCCCUGUCAAGACCGCCCUCUCGACACCAUCGACCCCUUCGAAGCAACGGACCCUCGACUUUGAAAAUAUUACCCCAGUCAAAGAAGAAAUCCCCAUUGUUCCUCGACCUGCGUUAUUCAACGAUGUUCUAAACCUUCAUUCAGCAUUUGUUCAGGCGUUCUCCUUUCAUAUGGCACACAACGGCGUCAAUGCCCCUGCGGACCUCCGAGAUUUCCUUAACAGUGUGACCCGCAUGUGGAAAAAGCGCAAGGUUCAGAUGAAGGAUUUGCAGCGUCUGCUAUGGAUUUGGGAAAAGAGUUCAAACACAGCAACCGUUUCUUACCGACUGGCAAACUACGGACUCGGCAAAAUUUGUUUGGAGCGCACUUUCCAGGUGGACGAGCAGCCUGCCGCUUUGCAAGACUCCUUCGAGGAGACACUGGAUCUCCUGUGGGAGCAGGCUCAGGAUUCUUUGCAGGCUGCUAACGAAGAAGACCGCCCCUCACUGUUCAUCGAGACCCUUGGUCUUUCCACUAUUCACGAGUCGCUUACUCCUUUCACUUCGUUCCAGAAAGGUCAACAGCGUCUUCAGGAUCUCAAGGGUGGUUUGCUCCGCUUGAGGGCUGAGAGACUGAGUGCCGAUUCUUCACAGACGACCCCUCUGGAGCGGACUGCUACUGUCAGCCGUCGCCAGGGUUUGUUGGACCGUAUCAAGAACAAGGAAUUGCGCCAGUCCAAGCUUCCUCCCCCGCCUACCAAGAAGGAACUCGUUCGCCGUGCUGCCGUUGACCGUGUUGAGGAGGUUGCUGGCAUUCUGGCUAUGCUGCGUCCUGCUGGCUACGUCGGCAAUGGUAUCAAGGCUAUGUUUGCUUCCCAGCGCAAGCCUUAUAAGAUCGAUGCCAUGGUCGAGCUUGUCCGCCAUUCUAUCCGCAGCCCAAUUCCCCGCGAGGAAGUUGAGGUGUGUCUUGAGAUUCUGGCUGAACCUAGUGUUGCAGGUAACUGGAUCAGCAUUGUUAAUGUCAAGGAGAUGAAGUCUGUUGUGUUGAAGUCUUGCAAGGAUGUCUCUGCCAAAGAUAUUGGUGUGAGAGCUAUCCAGCUCAAGGCUGACUGGGACAAGUCUGCCACAUGUGUGAAGACCUCUGUCAUCUAA